AUGGAAGCCACUGCUAAAGCCACCACUAACCAGCCCCAAGCUGCCGUUCAAAUGAGUGUCAUGAACCCUGCACCCGCUAACAACACCCAAAACCACCAAGAACACAAGGCCAGCCGUCUCCGUGGAGGAGGAGCUGCUAAGGACUGCUUCCUUGGCGCUCUCGAGUGCUUCCUUUGCUUCGGCUGCCCAUGCGAGAUGUGCUGUUAA